UCUAUUAGCCAAUUUUUCUGAUCUCUCUGCGGGCAAGCCUCUUUAAUCAAAUUUAUGAGUUCAUGAUCGUUACUUAUUCAUCAUUUUGGCCUGCUAUUAAAACAGUCUUCAUCAAUAUUAUCGGAGAAGGCAGAGACGUAAAGAUACGGCUGAAAGGCCAGAAGGCUGUGAUAGCGGACGUAAACCCCGUUAAAUAAAUAAGGUGAGGUACCACGUACACUGCCUGGUUUCUUGCCUCAAUAAAUACUUAGCUGAAAAACAAUAUACCAAAACCUUGUUAUAUGGUCCGGUAUUAACAUUAGUAAUAUCAACAACAUAACGGUCUCCGUUACAACCUGUUCCACAUUGUCUUUUUCUGUUUCGUAAUAAACAUUAUAAACAACCUGGAGGCAGAAGGGCGGGGUUGUAUAACAAACGGCCCAGCAGAAGGGCGGGGUUGUAUAACAAACGGCCCAGCAAAGGGUCUCUGGAACAACGAUUAACGCGAGUUAGUCUGUAUGGUUUACUAUAUAUACUAUAUGGUUCAAUGUCCGUGUAACGGUUAUGGUCAUUUAAGGACGGAUAUAGUUUGGUAACCAGAGACGUAUAAUAAAUGCAUAAUUUACCUAUCUAAUGACACUAAUAGAGGUCGCCAUCUGGGUAGUAACACCUGUCCGUUAUAGGCCAGGACACCACACAGCAGAUAAUGCGGGGUUGACAAUCACAGCCUUGCCCCGGGACAUAUCUACGUCCACGAACAUGAUAGCAUACCGUCGCUAAAUGUAUCCCCUGCUGCUAAUCACUCAUGCUUACAUGUGAAGUGUAUUCGUAAACAUUAUAAUUUGGAUAACGAAUUUCAUUAUCGUGUUCGUGAUUGAAGAGAACAACAAGUGACAUAAUUGAGCAGGCCUUCAUUUGUCACCACGAGAACAUGCUCGCCCCAGGGUCGUUUUCCCGCGCUUCCUGUCGCAGAACUUCAUACAGCAGCUGGCGUAUAUAAGGGACACGUGCCCGGUAUGUAUCAGUAAAAGGACAGGACGCUGGGAUGGACAUUGCGUCGUGUGAACUCUGGAACCGAGAGUGAGUAAAUUCCAGUUCCAACUUCAAAGGAUUGUCGAAAUAUGAAGGACAUUGACUUGUAUCGUGAAUAUCUUUAUAAAUUGGGAGAUAUUUUUUCAUAACCGGUCACUUUAUUUCAGAACAACAGUUACGAGAGUUGUGUUAAAAGAACAUAUACAUAUAUAGAAGUUUGUGAUGUCUGUUAGAACUACUAUUUGGACCGUUGCUGUUUCCUACGUGUACAGACUUUGGGAGUAAAACGGUUUUUUCGUUUUGACAUAAGUGUUACGGUUUGGUGGCCUAUGGACAGGACUGCGUGAGUUACGACAGUUUAUGAACAUCAGUCUGUUUGGACAGGACUGCGUGAGUUACGGCAGUUUAUAAACGUCAACCUGUUUUAAAAGUCAGCGUUACGGUCGUGUGGUUAGGUCAACGUUUAAUGUGUCUGGUUUACCACUCAAUGAGUAGGUCUUUUGAUGGAGGAGUUCUGGUCGACUGGGUUAGAAAUCAUUGGAAUUAAAUUUCGAUACAACUCCUGGUGUAAGUGCUUCAUACUUUAAUGCACAUGUAUGCCUUACAUGACCAAAUAAACUUAUGUUGAAGGGGUAAAUUAGUUGAUGGUGGAGAUACUCUUAAGUAUGGCAGCGACCAUCAUUCCAAAAAUGCUGGUAGCAAGUUCGACGGAUUUAUACGUGUCAAAUGGAGUUAAUACCAAUGGAACUAAUAACAGCUCAGUCCCAAGUGAAGCUGGUAGCUGCCUGACGUCAUACUGUAUCCCAAUGACGGUCGCCAUCAGCGUCAUCGCUCUGUGUGGUAUCAUCACUAACUUCAUCGUCAUUUUAGUUAUAACAAGAGACUCGCGUCUGCGUAGACCGACGUUUACGGCAAUCGUCGCACUGUCUCUGUGCGACUUUACGUUCCUCCUAUUCCGAUACAUCCGGUAUAUAGUGACCGGGUACUUCCGGGACAUCAUACCCCAUAAUGUAAUGAAAACUAUCAAGUUUGUGUGUGACCUGGUUGGUUUGACGGCGGGUGGGUCCUCCAUUGUACAUGUAAUACUGCUGUCUGUUCUUCGUUAUUACAUUGUGGUUCAUCCAUUGAAGAGCCACAUCGCCAUCACAAACAAGAGGAUCAUUUUGGUGUCCCUGGGUGUUUGGGUAUUAAGUGCGCUGAACGGGUGGUUUUACCUGUAUGCCGUGAUAAUAAACAGGAAGAACGACCUUCAGAUGUCAAAGGUCACCAAUAUCGUGGUAACCAUGGUGAUGUCCAUUCUCCCGUUAGCCAUCAUCUUGUUCUUCCAUGUUCUAAAGGCCAGAAAACUGAAAGAUUCUAUCGCAGCGUGUAAACUAAACGCCACCAAACAAAUGUCGCAGAUCGUCACCUUUGUCAUCGUCACCUACAUUGUCACGACGACACCUGUCAACACUAGAGACAUACUUGUGAUUUCCUGGGGAGAUACAAAGGAGACAUGGAUGAUGGUGUUUGGUCAGGUCGGUCGGCUAUUGUUAUUCCUUAACUACGCCAUCAACCCGUUCAUCUAUUUCGUCCAUUCCCCUCAGUUCAGGAAGAACAUCCGAUGUUGCUGGAGGAGGCGAGCUACUCGUUACGUAUCUACUGAAAGGACGCUUCGCUCAAUGUCGUCAAACUCCCGCGUGACAGAGGCGGUCAGUCUCCCUCUAGACAAUACUCACCUGUAAUGGUCCGCCGGACAAUACUCACCUGUAAUGAUCCGCCGGACAAUACUCACCUGUAAUGAUCCGCUGGACAAUACUCACCUGUAAUGGUCCGCCGGACAAUACUCACCUGUAAUUAUCCGCCGGACAAUACUCACCUGUAACGAUCCGCUGGACAAUACUCACCUGUAAUUAUCCGCCGGACAAUACUCACCUGUAAUGAUCCGCCGGACAAUACUCACCUGCUUUGAUCCGCUGGACAAUACUCACCUGUAAUGAUCCGCUGGACAAUACUCACCUGUAAUGAUCCGCCGGACAAUACUCACCUGCUUUGAUCCGCCGGACAAUACUCACCUGCUUUGAUCCGCCGGACAAUACUCACCUGUAAUGAUCCGCUGGACAAUACUCACCUGUAAUGAUCCGCCGGACAAUACUCACCUGUAAUGAUCCGUCGGACAAUACUCACCUGUAACGACCUGUAUUUGGACGCACAGGGUCCAAGUUUUAACCAAAAACAAAUGUGUGAUAAAAAACAUAUGAACGUUUCUUUGACCUGAAAUUCUACGCGAGAAAUAUGAUUUUUGUUUGUUGAAAAUUGGAUGGUAGAUAUAAUCGCUACGAUGAUAGUGAGUUGGCGGAAAAUAAUCAUCAAUUUAUCUUUAUUACGUUGGUAACAGUGAAAAAAGACAUGGUCAGGAUAUUUUUUUAAUUCGUUUAUUUAAUCUGAGAGGUAUUUCCAUGAAAACUAGACAUAUAUUUCCCCCUGAACCUUCGUCAGAAUUGGAAGAAAGCCUUCACUGGAGCUGAGAAUUUAAGUGCGGUCAACUUGUCCUCGUGUUACAGCAGAUCAUUACACUAGUAACACGUACAAUAGGGAGAUUUACGAAAGCUGAAUAGGGCCACAGAACAUAGUUUUGUACAACAAUGCCCCCUUGUAAAAACUGUUUAGUUUCUCGUAAUUCCGGCCACUAUAGCUUUCCCUCUAUUUCCCUAGCUGUGUUCCUAUUCGGCUCCCAUAGCUGUAUCUGCUGUUAUUCUCCUCGGGCCGAGUUAUUUAUCCACAGUGUCCACACACUAAUGAGGAUGUAACAGUGAAGACUUUUUUUUAUCUGUGAAACCAUUCAGAUCCCCAUCCCAUAAUCAUAUAUAGCCUUGCUGGGCAUCAAGAGAUGAACACAAUCCUGAUGUAAAAAUUGGCCCUUGGUUCUUUCCCCACCCCAAGGGACUUAUAGUUUCUUUAAAUACAAUCAUGAUGAAUCUUGACUUUGUUUUUGGUCUUGUUUACUUUAGAGUGCUCCCUCGUCGAUAUAAACUAACAAAAUGAGACCAGUCCUUGGGUAUACGGCCCUAUAUAGUCAGAGAAUAGCAGGAAAAUCCUUGAGUACCUCCUUCAAUACGAGGGCACAACUUAUCAACCAAACCACCUAUAUAGGGUGUUUAUUGUGUGUAGAGUGGGCGUGUCCGUCAGUGCACGUAGGGAUGUUUAUUGUGUGUAAAGGGGAGUGUCCCGUCAGUGUAUAUUUGGUUUUAUUGUGUGUAAAGGGGGUGUGUCCCGUCAGUGCAUGUAGGGUGUUUACUGGGGGUGAAGGGUGUGUGUCCCGUCAGUGUAUGUAGGGUGUUUACUGGGGUGUAAAGGGGGCGUGUCCCGUCAGUGUAUGUAGGGUGUUUACUGGGAUGUAAAGGGGGCGUGUCCCGUCAGUGUAUGCAGGGUGUUUACUGGAGUGUAGAGGGACGUACCCAUUCAGUGUAUGUAGGAUGUUUACUGUGUGUAGAGGGGGCGUGUCCUGUCAGUGUAUGUAGGAUGUUUACUGUGUGUAUAGAGGACGUGUCCCGUCAAUAUAUGUAGGAUGUUUACUGUGUGUAUAGGGGGCGUGUCCUGUCAGUGUAUGUAGGAUGUUUACUGUGUGUAUAGGGGGCGUGUCCUGUCAGUGUAUGUAGGAUGUUUACUGUGUGUAGAGGGGGCAAGUCCUUUCAGUAUAUGUAGGAUGUUUACUGUGUGCUGAGGAGACGUGUCUUGUCGGUGUAUGUUGGGUGUUUACUGUGUGUAAAGGGGCGUGUCCCGUCAAUAUAUGUAGGGUGUUUACUGGGAUGUAGAGGGACGUACCCAUUCACUGUAUGUAUAGGGUGUUACUGUGUGUCGAAAAAUUGUCUGGUUUUUGCUACUUUUGCUAAAGGUCUCUGGCUAUGUUUUGGUUCUGAGUUUAAUGAUGGAUUCGUUAAAAAGAGGCGAUACCACGGCAUCGUUAAUCAUUUAAAUGUAAUUUAACUGUUUAAUGCAAUCAAAAUCCUAAGAAAUAAAAUUUGACAUUCUGCGCAGUGUACAUAUAUAAUUACACGGCGAUAACUUAUGACGGGAGCCAUAUAUAAUCUACCAGUUAUGUUCAGGUUGGGUGGUUCGCCCGGCUUCUCGUUUUCUAUUAUAUCGCACUUGUUUUGUUUUUGUAUACGCGGAAAUAGAUAAAGAUAAAGAACGAUAGUUCAUAGUUCAUAAUUCAAUAUUUAUAUAUAGAUGGAAGAGUAUUUACACUUGUAUGUUAAUGAAUAUAAUGUUUUGAACUUCAUCUUGAUUAAAUCCGCUUGUCGGAGGGCUAGCUGGCAAACUGA